CAUAGGGCUUGGAGAGGUGCACCCGAGAGGCCACUCAUUCCCUCCUGAGCAUCAGACUUGAGGGCUCUCCAGGAGCAGGGAGGCAUCCUCCACAUCCCUCAACAUGCUGGUGGCUGUCUAGAAGAUGACCAUAGAGGACCUCCCGGAGUUCCCACUAGAAGGAAACCCUCUGAUCGGAAGGUACCCGUUUCUGUUUCCAAGCUCCGAAGCGCCGGUGAUCUUCUCCAUCUGUGCAGCACCAAUGCCUUCUGACUGUGAGUUCUCUUUCUUUGAUCCUAACGAUGCCUCGUGCCAGGAGAUCCUCUUCGAUCCCAAGACGUCGGUCUCAGAAUUGUUUGCCAUUUUAAGACAGUGGGUCCCUCAGGUCCAGCAAAACAUUGACGUUAUCGGAAAUGAGAUUCUUAAGAGAGGCUGCAACGUGAACGAUAGAGACGGGUUGACAGAUAUGACUCUUCUCCACUAUACCUGCAAAUCUGGAGCUCACGGUAUUGGUGACGUUGAGACAGCCGUGAAGUUUGCCGCCCGGCUUCUGGAGCUGGGGGCAGACGUCAGCUUGCGGAGCCGCUGGACCGACAUGAACGCCUUGCACUACGCUGCGUAUUUUGACGUCCCCGAGCUGAUCAGAGUGGUGCUGAAGGCGUCGGGCCCGAAAGAUGUGGAUGCCACUUGCAGUGACUCUAAUUUUGGAACGGCUCUGCAUAUUGCCGCAUAUAAUUUGUGUGCAGGUGCUGUGAGAUGCUUAUUGGAGCACGGAGCAAAUCCCGCAUUUAGGAAUGACAAAGGACAGAUGGCCGCCGAUGUUGUCCCGGACCCAGUGGACAUGCCCCUGGAGAUGGCCGAUGCGGCGGCCACUGCCAAGGAGAUCCGGCAGAUGCUCUUGGCGGCGGUGCCGCUGUCCUGUAGCGUCCCCAAGGCCUUGCUUCCCAACGGUGCCCCCGCCCCUGGCAAGGCGAUGCUCACAUCACUCGGCCUGAAGUUGGGGGAUCGUGUGGUCAUCGCAGGACAGAAGGUUGGGACAUUAAGAUUUUGUGGAAAAACUGAGUUUGCAAGUGGGCAGUGGGCAGGCAUUGAACUGGAUGAACCAGAAGGAAAAAAUAAUGGAAGUGUUGGAAAAGUCCAGUACUUUAAAUGUGCCCCCAAAUAUGGUAUUUUUGCACCUCUUUCAAAGAUAAGUAAAGCAAAAGAUCGAAGGAAGAAUGCGCUGCAUGGUCCUUCCACCAAAGCCAUCCCUCUCAUCCGGUCCCAGAAGGUUGAAGUCGCUCAUGUCACAUCCAAAGUGAAUACUGGAUUGAUGACAUCAAAGAAAGAUAUUACUUCUGAAUCCACACUCUCAUUGCCUCCUGGUGAAGAAUUGAAAACCGUAAUAGAGAAAGAUGGUCCCACGCUCGGAUCCGCCAGCAGCUCCUCCUCCACUUCUUCUCUGGAGCACAAACAGAGCAACGCCAAGAAACUGAGUGCCAGUGGCAGCACCAAGAAGACAAUGAGCAAAAGCCCUUCUCUGUCCUCGCGAGCCAGUGCUGGUUUGAACUCCUCAGCAACAUCUGUAGCAAAUAGUUCCUGCCGAGAGGGGGAGCUCCAGCCUGGGGACAGAGUGUUGGUGGUUGGCCAGAGAGUCGGUACCGUCCGGUUCUUCGGAACAACAAACUUUGCUCCAGGAUAUUGGUACGGAAUAGAGCUGGAAAAACCUCACGGCAAGAAUGACGGCUCCGUCGGAGGUGUGCAGUAUUUUAGUUGUUCUCCAAGAUAUGGAAUAUUUGCUCCCCCAUCCAGGGUGCAAAGAAUAACUGAUUCCCUGGAUACUCUUUCAGAAAUUUCUUCAAAUAAACAGAAUCAUUCUUAUCCUGGUUUCAGGAGAAGCUUCAGCACAACUUCCGCUUCUUCCCAGAAAGAGAUCAGCAGAAGAAAUGCUUUUGCCAAGUCCAAGACGGGUCUGCGCCGCAGCUGGAGCACGUCCACCUCCACGGGUGGCCUGGAAGGGAGCGUGAGGCUGCAUGAGGGGUCCCAGGUCCUGCUCACGAGCUCCAACGAGAUGUGCACGGUUAGAGUACUGGCUUGGAUUUGUCUCAUCCUGUCCCUGUAGAAUCUAUAAAGGUUCAUGCAUUGUCCUCAACAAGUGAAGGGUCUUCUAGUGACCAGCCUUGGCAUCGGCUCUGUCAAAUAGCAUCCCGUGACAGCCGGGCGGCGCUGAAGAGGACCAGGGACGGAUAUUUGAAGUGUUCUAAGUGAUGCUGUUCGCUAAAAAUACAGCCGGUUCCCAAGGAUCACUGGUGUCUUAAUCUGGCUUAAGUCAGCCCUGGAAUCCUGAGUGAACCCACAGACGCGAGCGUGUUACUCCCGCAGACACUGGCACGCACGCACACCCCAGCAGCUCCUCGCCAGGAGGAGUUUGAUCUUAGGGCUGUUUUUCUAGUCCUAGUCGCUGAGAGGAAUCAAACAGGGGAGCCUCAGAAAUCUACCUUCGCCCUCCUGAACCGGACGGAGGAGGCGUUUCUAGAGCAUAGACAGUGUACCCCUCCGAAUGCCGUGUCCUCCCCAGUGUCCAUGUCCUCCCCAGCCUGUGUCAGUCUCACAGAGGUUAGGUUCUCUCGGCUGCAGCCCAGCAGGCUUUUCUAGGUUUGCUCUCAGCAGAGCUCACCUACUGAAGACUGAACUCAUGAUUGUUUUGCACGUGACAGAUCAGACUGGCGGGGCAACGAGUUGUGUUAAAGUCAUAUGCACAGACUCACGUCCUUUUUCAUUCUUUCUCUAAGAGAACUUCUGAGAUUCCACUGCAAACUCAGCCAGCUGUGUUACGACACUGGCCGCCCCUGCCAACUCUAAGGGUAUAGGUGACCAUCCAGUGUCUCUGGGGAAAACAUUGUAUGGUGGAUUUUAAAUUGAGUUUUAAUAGUCAUAAUGUCUCAGAUUGGUGGCAGGGGAAGUGGGUUUUGCACUGUAGGCAAUGCCCAGGUAAGAGCAUCAUCAAAGAGCAAAGGGAGAAGUUACGGUCACUUUUAUUGAACCUGCUAAUAAAAAUGGGUUUCCAAUAAGAAUUCCGAUGGAUUAUACACAUCCGUUAACAACACUGUCAUUUCCUCAAUUGCUCUCAGGUGUGACAAAGGGGAACCCUGGGGUGUGUUCUGCUUUGGUUUCUUAUUUGUUAAUGAAACAGCACGAGCUGCUCGCUGGUACAUGCGGGGGCCGGGGGGAGCGCUUCCGUCUGUACAGUUACUUUAUUUCUGAGGACCGAGAAAUAAUGCAGAAUCAACUCCUCCCCACAGCUAUCAGAUGCAGGAAAAUCACCUCCAGUUCUCACAGUGUUAUCUUUGCGGGAUGCCUGCAUUUGCUGUCCUUUGGAUUCCCUGUUCCUAGAUAAGCCGAAAAGCUGUAUGUUCACAAGAGGCUUCGCCAAAUUGCCAGCCAGCGGCAGUGGCUAGCUCCCUGGUCUCCUGUUCUGUGGGGAUUGGUAGAGAAGACUAUGGAUUCUCCCUGGUAAUGGCACCUGGACACACUUGUGGAGGAGGGCCAGAAUCACAGACACUUCCUGGUCCCCAGCAUCGGGCGCGUUCUUGGCCUUGCUACUUUGCUUCGGCAGUGGAUUCUGAGAGGUGCAAACUGACAACCAAGAGAGAGCGCAUCAGAUACAUCGCCCGGAAUGAGGUGGGGGAGAGAGGCUUCGUGGUUCUCCUGUGCCGUGAGCCUGCCCUGGUCUGAGUGGAGGCACCGAGGGUGCUGAAUGGACCUGACCCGGUCCUGUUGCCAGGAAACCAUCCCUUGCUAAUCCCACUUUGCUGUGGGAACGACUUUGGGUUAAGGCCAUCAUUGGUCAUGGCCAUGGUUUUAUGAUUCGCUAAGGAGCUUUUCAAACAGAAAGGGUUAAACUGAACUGAUGCUAAACUUUCUAGUGUACUUCUGCAUACAGAUUACAUAUAAUUUGGCUCACUGGGAUGUGCACUGGAUUAAUUGGCUUUGGCUCUAAAUGAAUUAAGAGCCGGGGUCAGGGGAACACUCCCCCCGCACCCCCUCCCCCCAUAUACACCCCAGUCACGUUCUGGGUGACGUCAUACAGGCCACACACUUCCGAGGUGGAAGGGGACUUGGAGACCAAAGCCUUCAUUUUCUACAGUGAGGACAUGAGAGUCUCAGUAACUUGCCUGAGCCACUUCUGCUGUACCUGCAGCCUGAUUCCUGGGUCUCAGCUCCUGCCCAGGCUGCUUGCUGUUUCCCAAGGAAGUGAAGAGUGCGGAACCAUGCCGGCUGAUGUCAGAAAUCCUGCCAGCCUGCUAUUUAUCCGUGUUGGCAAAGGACCUCUCUUAAAACAUACACGCGAGUAGUGGAGGGAGAGUUAACUCCCUGCUUGCCGAGGCUUCGAGGCUUAGUGUGGGUUAGUGUAGUAAGACCAGCUUUCCACUAGCGGUGGCUGCCGUGAGCCUGCCAUGUGAGUGACGACGGUGGGGAGGGUACCCGUGGGUGGUACUCGCUGCAGAGUGCAGGGAAGGGAGGCUUGAGGGUGUGUCAAACGUUGGUACUUGCAGUCCAAGUGGGCUUAGACCGGUGGUGCCAUCUAGCCGUGGGAAGGGUAGCCCGUUUGUUUCCCAUUGGCCAAAUGCUGGGGAGAGGGAAGUUGUCCGUUAAUUUUGUGGUUGGAGUUCAUUUAACUUCCUGCCCUUACCCUCCACUAGUGGGAUGUAACUGUUCUUUUUUUUUUUUUUUUUUUAAGAUUUAUUUAUUCAUUUGAAAGGCAGAGUCACAGAGAGGCAGAGGCAGAGCGGUAGAGAGAGAGGUCUUCCAUCUGCUGGUUCACUCCCCAGAUGGCUGCAACAGCCGGAGCUGCGCCGAUCCAAAGCCAGGAGUCAGGAGCUUCUUCCUGGUCUCCCACAUGGGUUCAAGGGCCCAAGGACUUGGGCCAUCUUCUACUGCUUUUUCAGGCCAUAGCAGAGAGCUGGAUUGGAAGUGGAGCAACCGGGACUCGAACCAGCGCUCAUAUGGGAUGCCAGCAAUGCAGCACUGCAGGUGGUGGCUUUACCCACUAUGCCAUAGCAUGGGUCCCAAGGGACAUAACUGUUCUUAAACCUUCCCAGUGUUUUCAUGUUGCUGAGCUAGAGCUAAAAAAUAGGGUUGUACUUGAGCAGCGCAUUAAAAACUGUAACACCUACUCAAGAUACCGAACGAAAAUCCAACCCUGGUCGAGACCUUACUGUCUGUGCUCAGUAAUUGUCGCCUAUUGUAGGGUACUGGAAUGCACGUUUUGUUUUGCAUGUUCACACAGCCACAGGGAGCCAUCUGCUGCAGUGAAGCUAGGAGUCAAAUUGUGUGUCCUCUUGGGACCAACUGGGAAAAAUAUCAGUGUAAAUAGACUGACAACACACUGCGCCCACUUUGAUGAAUCUCGUCAUGUUUGGAGGAGUCUGAAUUCACAGGUGUCAUAUUUUAGGUCUGCAGAGCUCAUUAUGAGUUUUCAUGCUGCUGUUGCGGGAGAAAAUGCAUUAGGAUAACCCAGUCAUGACAGUUCCUUUGUGAUGUGCCCUGUGAACUUGGAAGUGAAGGUCCCGCAUUUUACAGCAGGAAGUCAAUCUGUGGUUAUAUAAUACAGCCAUAGGGUGUACCAAGCACUGGAUGGAGAUGACGAAAUGUAAAAAAAAAAAAAAAAAAAAAAAAAAAAAAAUGAGUAAAUGGCUUUUUGUUUCUGGUGCUUUUUAACACUUAGAAUUUAGUUUUGCUAGAGUCUUUAUUCUUUUGAGCUGGAAAGGGUCCCAGGAGGAUUUUUGCUACUGUCAUUAAGGCAGUGACAGAUGAAGUAAAAUGAGGCCAUGGGAGACCUAAGAGGGUGACAAAGGAGCCACACACAGCUGAGCCUGGGCACCGAUGUCCACACCCAGCGCACCUUCCCUCGGGCUACUGAGGUGAAUGGGGGCUCCGUGGGCAGAGGGUGAAAGCACAGGAAAGAGAGCUGUUGUCCCCGCAUCGAGGUACCAGCAAGUCAGACAACCCAAGGUAGCAGGGGCUCAGGGAACCCGGCCUUUUAACUACUGAGUAGAGCAUACUCCUAAAACAAUCAAGCUUAUGCCUGCUGUUCGGAUUCACUGGGAUGGUGAGCUGCCACAUGUUAACUGAUCGUUUCCCACAAAUGGACGCUUUCCCAGUGGAAUCCGUGUGCACCUUUGAUAGGCUUUUUAUAGACAUGGGAUAGAAAUGAUCAUAGUAGCGCGGCUUCAUUCACAGCGCUUCUGCACACUUUACCUGUGAGUGGUCACCUUCUCGGCAGGAGCUUCUGGCAGAGUUGGUUAAGUCACUGGAGUCCGCAGCAUCUAUGUGAGCUGCUGGAGCCACACGGCUGGAGCAGCAGUUGAGUGGACAUCAGCCGAGUUUGAUACACAGACCCCUGAGGGCUAUGCCGACUGAAAUGAAAACACCUUGAGGUCAUCAUAUCUCAGUGUGGAGUUGUUUAUUUACUUAUCCUUGGAUACAGGCUUUUAUGAUUUGACUAUCAUUUACAUGAAAAUUGAUACCAGUAAAGACGAUUGGAGAAUAUCGACAAACCAAUCUUAGUGGUAGUAAGGCACAACCUGAAAAAUGUAAUGGAUUUGUAGUUUUGUGUUUUUUUUUUUUUUUUAAUGGAAAGGGGUUAGAUUUCCCUCUAUGAAUGACAAUAAA